AUGGCAGAGGAGAAAGUCUCGUUCCGAAGCGAGUAUGAAGAGUCCACCAACAAACUCAAUGUAGUCACGAGCUCCAAGUACCUCCUGUGGAUGUACAAGCUCGAUAACCUCGGAGUCGAAAUCAGAGGUAUAGAGAGGGUUACUCCGGAAGAAAAAGUAUCGAUUGGAAAAUGGAGGCUGUUUAUCCAAGUCAUUGGACUUUGGCUCGCUGCCUGUGGCGGUGUCACCACAAUGUCGUCGUUUUUCCUACCGACUUUGGUGUACAACUUGAACUUGAAGAAUGCCCUAGUAGCAUCGCUCUUGGGUAUCAAUUUGGGCAACCUCUCGGGGUGUCGUCAGAUGGUCACGGCACGGUUCUUGUUUGGCCAGUGGUUUGUGAAAAUCGUCGCCAUCAUCGUGAUUAUCGGAAUGAUUGGUUGGUCUGUGAUCAACUGUGUAGCUGGAGGACAGCUUCUUCUGGCGAUCAGCAAUGCCAAUUUGGAGGUGGGGAUUGCCGUGGUUAUGGUGGUGAGCUGGAUCAUUGGCGUUUUUGGAAUCCGGGUUUUGCUCAAGUUCCAGUCCAUCUUGGCCAUUCCCACCAAUGUGGCUAUUCUACUUUUUUACAUUGUGGUUAGCAAAAAAAUCGGCCAUAUUUCAGAUACAAACCAGGCCAUCGAUGAUUUGGAUAUCAGCCUGCAAACAAGCACGGGCCAAUGGCUCUCUGUUUUUGCAUUGGCCUAUUCAGUCACCUCAACCUGGGGUGGAGGAGCCUCAGACUACUAUAUUCUUUUUCCCGACGAUACACCGUCCUGGCAGGUUUUCAUCUUGACGUUUUUGGGAAUCGCCGUGCCGUCCAAUUUUGCAGCCAUUUGCUCGGUUAUAGCCGGAGCCAUUGCAUAUUCGUACCAGCCGUGGUCAGACAACUACGAUAAUUACGGAAUCGGAGGCAUUUUCGCCCUGGCCUUCGAGCCCUGGCACGGAUUCGGCAAGUUCGUCGUUGUCGUCUUGUACCUCUCGCUUAUCUGCAACAACAUCAUGAACACUUAUUCGUGUGCACUUGAGUUCCAGCUUAUAGACACCCGUUUGACGUAUGUGCCUCGAUGGGUGUGGACCACCGUGGUGGCGGUGAUUUACCUAGUUCUUGCAUUGGCUGGAAAAGAGCAUCUCAACAAUAUCUUGGGGAACUUCUUGCCCAUGUUGGGCUACUGGAUCACCAUCUACAUCACCUUGCUUUUGGAGGAGAACUUGAUUUUCCGAGGAACCAAGGCAGCGAGAAGAUUGCACCAUAAUGAGUUUGACGGCACCGACGAGGAGAGCAUUUCCACCAUGUACAACUGGGCCAACUGGAACAAGCCUCUGUAUCGCAGUAUGGGACUUGCAGCCACGCUUUCGUUUUUGUGUGGAGUAGCUGGUGCCGUUUUGGGCAUGAACCAGGUGUACUAUGUGGGGGUUCUUGCGGAAAAGGUGGGUGACGACGGAGCCGAUCUUGGAAUCUACUUGUGCAGUGGAUUUGCAGGUUUGACGUAUCCGGUUUUGCGGUACAUUGAACUUAAGAAGUUUGGGCGGUGA